UUGUGUUUUAUAAAGAGGCUGAGGGUUUUUUUUUUUUCAGGCUAUGAAAAUAAUGUAUCUUUGCAGAAUGCACCUUGGACGGUGGAGAAGGAAACUGGAGAAGAAGAAACAUCGCUCAGAGCAUGGAGGUGAGUGAGGCCUCCCACAAAUGCCAUCUCGGCCCCGUCUCAUCUCUGUCACUCGAGCGGUGGUUCCAGCAUUUGAAACAUCAGGGUGAGGAGGGGGCCGACGGCAGGCGGACAGCGGAACUCAGGGUUGUAACUAAGUUACUCGACGGAAGGACCUUGAAAACCCGAGGGCAACGCGCGCUCGCUGGGGACUCGAGCAGGAAAGCCAGUCCCUUGCGGCUCCCAGAGAGAGGUGAGCUCCAGGGUGACUGUCAGGUGUCCAAGCCUCUGGUUUGGGGCCGCCGCCACAGCACUGCUCAGGAAAACCUGGGACCCCGACGGUGGAGCUGGUACGGCUGGAUGGACGCCCCUGGGAUGCUGAGUUCCAGCCUGAGUCUGACGGUCACUCUGAGCCUGCGUGGGAGCAGACCCCCUCCCUGUGAGGAGCCAGGUCCUUUCCUGACUUCCAAGCCUGCUGCAAGCCUGGCAUCACCGCAUGACCCAGCCUGCAACCUCCUUACAGAGGGGAGGCAGGUUCUGGGUCUGAACACAAACGCAAGUGCAGCGGCAGGGCCGUGGCUGGGCUCUGGAGUGGGGCCGUCCUACCUUCGGCCUCUUUCACGUCCAUCCCUGACCCCUUUCGAGAGCGGCUCCACCGAGAUACAGGCCACGUGUGGACAUUUGCAACUCACAGCCUGACAGCUUUGACACAUGUCAAACUCACAUACACGUAUGGAGUGUGAACUGCAGCCACAGCCGGGUGGCACGCACACCCGUGGCGCCCAAGGUGUCCUUCUGCCCCUCCCCCACCUGCACCCUGCAAAUGCUCGCUCUCCAGAGCCUUCUGUCCUUGGAACCAGGCAGGGAGCCCUCGUGUUCCCUCGGCUUCUUGCCUUCCGCACUGCCCCUGCCCAUCCUGGGCUUCCCUGGUGGUUCAGCUGGUAAGGAGUCCGCCUGCAACACGGGAGGCCUGGGUUCCAUCCCUGAGCUGGGCGGAUCCCCUGGAGAAGGGAAAGGCUGCCCACUCCACUAUUUUGGCCUGGAGAAUCCCACGCACUGUAUAGUCGUGGGGUUCCAAAGAGUCGGACACGACAGAGCGACUCUCGCUGAGACUGCUACGGCCUUCCUGAGCACCAGCUCACCCGUUCCUUCUCGCCGCCCAGUGGACUCUGUCGCCUAGAGUCGCCCCUGUUCACUUUCAUCUGUUUUUCUGCGGAUGGGCAUUAAAGUUGUUUCCAGCCUGGGACUGUUCCAAAUAAAGGUCUCAUGAAUACCU